AUGUCUUGUGUCACAACAAUGCCCGAGUAUCUACAGAAAAGAUUUGGUGGAAAAAGAAUACAGUUAUUUCUUUGUGUUUUAUAUCUAUUUAUCUACAUCUUCACAAAAAUAUCAGUGGACAUGUAUGCAGGAGCUGUGUUCAUCCAGCAGGCUCUGCAGUGGAACAUCUACCUCGCUGUGGUUUUGCUUCUUGCCAUUACCGCUCUGUAUACCAUUACAGGUGGUCUGGCAGCAGUGAUCUACACCGAUGCGGUUCAGACUCUCGUCAUGGUGAUCGGAGCCCUGAUCCUGAUGGGCUUCAGUUUUGCAGAGGUUGGGGGAUUUCAGGCUGUCCUGGACAAGUAUCCUCAGGCCAUUCCCUCCAUCCGAGUGCCCAACACCACCUGCGGAAUCCCACGUGAGGAUGCCUUUCACAUAUUCCGUCACCCUGUGACCUCUGACCUGCCCUGGCCGGGGGUGAUCCUGGGCAUGUCCAUACCCUCAAUGUGGUACUGGUGUUCUGACCAGGUGAUAGUGCAACGUUCACUUGCUUCCAAGAACAUUGUGCAUGCUAAAGGAGGAUCUUUGCUUGCCGCUUACCUCAAAGUUCUGCCCUUCUUCAUGAUGGUGAUUCCAGGCAUGAUCAGCAGGAUACUUUACCCAGAUGAGGUGGGCUGUGGAGACCCGGAUGUGUGUAAACAAGUUUGUGGGAAUCCGGUGGGCUGCUCAGACAUUGCUUACGCCAAACUGGUCAUGGAGCUCCUUCCUGCAGGACUGAGGGGUUUAAUGAUGGCUGUGAUGUUGGCUGCUCUGAUGUCCUCUCUGACCUCCAUAUUCAACAGUUCCAGCACUAUUUUCACCAUGGACCUUUGGAGAAACAUCCGCCGCACUGCCUCCGAGUGGGAGCUCAUGAUUGUGGGAAGAGUGUUUGUGUUGGUGUUAGUGGUGGUGUCAGUGCUGUGGAUUCCUCUGGUUCAGGCCAGUCAGGGUGGGCAGCUCUUCAUCUACAUCCAGUCUAUCAGUAUGUACCUGCAGCCCCCCAUAACGGUCGUCUUCUUCACGGGAUGCUUCUGGAAACGGACCAAUGAGAAGGGUGCAUUCUGGGGUCUGAUAGUGGGCAUGGUGGUGGGCUGUACAAGGAUGAUUCUGGAUUUCGUCUAUCCAACACCACAGUGCUAUGAGAGCGACACCAGGCCAGACAUCAUAAGAUAUGUUCACUACCUAUACUUCUCCAUCAUUCUCACCCUCCUCACACUCAUCGUGGUCGUGUGUGUUAGUCUGGCUACAGAGAAGCCCAAACCGGAGCAGAUCAGUCGAUUGACGUGGUACACACGCUUUGAUCCUGUGAAAGAAAGUGAAGAGGUUGUGGUUUCAGAUCUCCAGACGUUUGAGGACGCCACAGUGUACCCAAAAAACAUGGAAAAUGAUGCAUAUCCUACAAAAGAAGACACCUGUAGUUCUGCGUCCAGCAAGGCGGGUUCAUCUAAACUCAAAUCUGCUCUGUUCUGGAUCUGUGGAAUAGAGAAGCAAAAUGGAGAGAAGCCCAAGUCUCCUCCUCCUUCAGAGACUCCGACAUGUUCCCUCGGGGAAGACCCCUGUAUGAGACACCUGGUAAACGCCAACCUCAUCAUCUGUAUGUCAGUGACCGUGUUUCUCUUCGCUUACUGGGCAUAGUCACUUCCCCUUUAUAAUGUAUUGUGACUGGUGUGAAAGAAAAUCUUCAUGGAGUAUGUACUUAAUAAUAACCCCAAUAUGCUUA